UUCAUUAGGAAGAUAGAAAAGACACACACAGACAGCCGCGUGGCUUGGAUGCUCGACUUUGAGUCUCGUGGGUGUUUAGUUGGAGGAGCUGGAAGUUGGGCUUUCUGGAUCCACGGCUGACAGGGCAGCUGUGCUGCACAGUCCAGCUCAGCGCUCGCAGCUGUGAGGACACAGCGACUGCAGCAGUCAUGGCUGCUGGCUUCCUAAUUACAAGAUUAUUGCUGGUCUGUUUGUUGAGUGAGGUGAACUACUCCUCAGCUUUUCCAAGAGCCAGACGUUUUGUGCAACCGGGAGUGUGGCAAAGUGAAGGAGAGGAAGAAGCCUACAACUAUGAGAACUGUCAUCCUUUCUACUACAUCAGUGCCCAGGACAAAACAUUGGAAAAGCAGGGACGUUUUAGGACGGCCCCUUUCCAUAUCUGUAAACAAAACCAUCCCAUAGUGUACCAAAAAGCCUCAAACCUCAAGCCUGCAAACCCCUUGCAGCCACGAUCUAAUGUUGCCACCAAAUGGCCAAAGGGGACUGUUCUACCCCAGCCUCCACCACAGAAGAAAUAUCUGUCACCCAAACCCAAAAGCUAUGAAUUCAAUCUGAAGAUUCCCUUUCUUGAUUUCCUGAUAAGAAAUGAUGGAAAGAAUUCUUCUAAUAAAAAACAUGAUGGUGGAAAUGAUGCGCCUGCUGUCGCCAAACCAGGUUUUCAGGUCGGCUCAUCUGUUUCCUCUUCAUCUGUCUCUCAGUCUCUCAACACCCCAACCAAUAGCCAUUUUGUCCACUUGGCAAGUCAACACAAACCAGAGACUCCUGAUGUUUUAAACCCAGAAAAACCCAUUUCAGCCACGACUGAAUCAAGGCAACCCUCCUUAAACUCUGCUAGUAUGGGCCAGACGGAAACACAGGAGCAGCCAUUUCCCAUGAAACCACAAUCAAGUUCAACUUUAUUUGGAUCAGGAAGACCUUUCGUAAGUUUUGCAACACCCCAGCAAGAGACUCGUGAGCCAGUUCAUAUUAAGCCAAGUUCAUCUCUGGCUGAGUCAACAAGGCCUCUCUUAAGCUUUGGAACAACACAGCAGCAGACUUAUAAGCCAGUUCGUGUUAAACCUCCAAGUUCAACCAUGACUGAAUUAGAACAGCCUUUCCUAAACCUUGGAACAACGCAACACGACGGUUAUAAGCCAUAUCCUAUUAAACCACAAUCAAACUCUGCCAUGAUUGGAUUAAGGCAGCCCUUCUUAAACUCUGCUGGUACAGAAGCACAGGAGAAACCUUAUGAGCCAUAUCCCAUCAAACUACAGUCAAGCUUGACCCUGAUUGAACCAGCGAGGCCUUUACGUUUUACAUCACCACAGCAUCACAUUCAUGAGCCAGUUCGUGCUAAACCACCAAGUUCAAAUCAGGUUGGAGCAGAACGGCCUUUUGUGAACUUUGGAACAACACAACACCAGAGUUAUGGGCCAUAUCUAGUUAAACCGCAAUCGAAGUCUGCCAUAAUUGAAUUAAGGCAACCCUUCUUAAACUCUGCUGGUGCAGAUGCACAGGAGAAGCUUUAUAAGCCAUAUCCCAUCAAACUACAGUCCAGUUCAACCCUGGUGGAACCAGUGAGGCCUUUACGUUUUGCAUCACCCCAGCAAAACAUUCAUGAGCCAGUUGGUGUUGAACCACAAAGUUCAAAGCAUAUUGGAACAGAACGGCCUCUUGUGAACUUUGGAACAACACAGACUCGUGAGCAACAUCCCAUUAAACCACAAUCGAAUUCAAACCUCAUUGCAUCAGCAAGGCCUUUCCUAAGUUUUGCAGCACCACAGCAAGAGACCUAUGAGCCAUUUCACAUUAAACCACAAAGUUCAACCCCAGCUGUAUCAGAGCGACCUUACUUUGGAACAACACAACAGCAAACUUAUGAGCCAUAUCCAAUUAAACCACAAUCUAGUUCAACCAUGGCUGCAUCUGCAAAGCCUUUCCUGAACUUCGAAGCACCACAGCAGCAAACUUAUGAGCCAUUUCAUAUUAAACCACAAUCAAGCUCAGAUCGGUUAACCUCAGACUGGCCUGCCUUAAACUAUGCUGCUAUUGGACACACAAGCACAACAGGCUUAUGAGCCAUUUUACUUUAAGUCGCGGUCAACUUCAACCCACUUUGGAUCAGAACGGCCUGCCUUUAACUCUGCAGCUGCACGUCAGAAUUAUGAGCCGGUUCAUGCCAAAAUGCAAUCUUAUGACAGUUGGCCAUAUUUUCAGGACAGGUCAACGAUGUCUUCAAGCCAAAUGAGAGUCCAAAGACAGGACUCUGCCAGAAACAAACUCAACAGGAAACGCGACUACCCAAAACUUUUUGAUGUGGCUGGAAGUGAUGGUCAUAACAAACUUGCUUAUGUUUAACAAGUUCAGGCUCAAGGUUUUAAAUCUGCAAUUGUCAAAAACUAUCAGAGUUCACAGUUCAUCCCUUUGCUUCCAAGACUUCUUUUUUCAUAUCCAGCCACCAGCCCUUCUGAUUUCAUCUCCAGUGACAACCAGGAUACAAACCCAAACAAUCUGGAACCAUUUUCAUCCUCACCUCUGUUCAUCCUACCUAACAACACUUUGAUAACAGCCUUGUCAGUUCAAUUGGAAGCAAAAAGUACCUGAGGUUUAGGUGAGUCAUUACAUUCUUGUGAUUUGAAUACAUCUGUGAAAACUGGUAUAAUGUCUGAAUCUCUUGUCUUACAGUUGUGCACUUGAACUGAAGAGAUGUUAAUCUACUGUCUACUCAUGUGAAAGUGCCCAUGCUCCAUCCUGUUUAAGUCUUUUGAUUGGCUGCUCUCAAGACGAAACAGUGACAGUCAUGUCUGUGCACUAUAAACUGAAAGCAGGUGACAGCAAAGGCUAGAAAUAUCUAGCUACUUCAACCUGUUAAGCUGACCGAAGUCUUUUUGUUUUUGUUUAAUCCAUACAAAAAACAUGAAGUAUAGAUUUAGCUCUUGCAGAGCGCAGCUUUCCAUGUUUGUGUGGCCAGGUGCACUGAUUUUUAGUCUAAUCUUGUGCCCUGCAGCUUCACAGCAAAAAGCCUCCAGGAUGUCAUGGGAUUUCACAGAGCUGCAGCCGAGCACAGUGACCUGUAGUUUCUUCAAACUGUAUAAAUGCAGAGGUGCAAAGAGGCUGUUUUCAUGUUUUUGUUGGAGGUUUGAGAUUAAAACGCUGACAAGUUGUUGCACUUGUUGCAUUGGCACUGCAUCACUACUAGGACAUUAAUCUAAGAUAAGGUGAAGGAGGCACAUCUGGAAACCUCAGGGUUUCCAUGGUUGAAGUCAGUCUACAGGCCACAGAGAAGCAGUCUGGCUGGCCAAGAGUUUACCACCAUAAAGCAUUUUCAGUUAAAGGUAGAGGAAUGUCUUGUGUUGUUUCUUGCUUUUUUGUGUUUUAGUUCCUGCAUUAGCUCAAACUUUAAUUACCAACAGAUCCAACAGAGUUGUAAAUGGUGUGAUUGGGAACAUAGUCAGUUACGUGAUUGUUACAUGGUUUAUAACCCUUAGGUCACCAUCUUGUAGUCUGACCUGUGGGUUAACCACUUGUGGAAGAGUGGCACUGAUGGAAAAUAAACGAUGUUCACUAUCUAUA